CUUCCCUCAGCUCUACAUUCACAUAGUUGCUCCGAUUUGUGCUUAAAGUGUUACUAAACCCAGGACUAUGCAUUCACUAUAUCUAGUCUCUCACAGACCCUGCAUUCACUAUAUCUGGUCACCCACAGUACACAGAACAAGGAAAUGCAAUUAUUUUAGUAAAUAUAAACUGCUAAAUACCUUUUCUCAUCAGCAGUAUAUAGCAGUCUUGUGGCUUCUGUCAGUAUCUAGCCCAGCACUAGCUUGUAGGAGGAAUUUUCUUUCUGCUCUA